UCAAUCAGUCCUACGGAACCUCUUCAUUCGCCCCAGUGUUUCACCGGCUCCAUGUGAUUAACACCGCGCAGCGAGGAGACGCAGGAGCAGGAGAAACAGCCGCUGCCCUGUUUAAUACGCUUUUAACGCUUCUUUAACUGAGGACUGAAGACUACAGCAAAUACAACUUAUUCUUGGACUUUUUGCUUUCUUUUAAAAACGACCGAAAGGGGAAGGAAAACAGUAGAACAGAUAUAAAAAGUAACUUUUUUUACUUGUUACAACUGUGGAAUUUCUGCUCUGGCUUUCUGGUAAACGUUUUGAGGGAUUUUGAGGUUCUCGGCUGCUUAUGAACUGGAUAAGCCGGAGGACUUGCUACUGCUACCCCCACCACCAACACACCACCGCCAACCAGCAGCCUCCCCCCCUCAGUUCAGCUCACUUCACAGGGCUGUGGAUUUAGUUUGGGAGUAGGGAGCAAAAGCAGCAGCAGCAACAGACCGUGGAGCUAAAGCUGCGCGCGACUCAAGGUGGGGUUGCUGUUGUCAGGAUGUGUUUGUGAUUACUGGACAGUGACUGGGCUCAGCAGAGGACAGAAGAAGAACACCUGUAACACUGAGUGCUUCAGAGGAAAUUCCCAACAUUCAUGAGCCACGAAACUUUCGUCCACCCCCACAACAUCUGACCCUGCAUCCAACAGGCUGUGCCCACAGGGAUGUGUGUUUGAUUGAAUGAGUGUAUGUUUGUCUUUGUGAGUGUGUGCGUGUUUGUGUGUCAGACUGUGCAGUUGAUCUCUCCAGAGGGGACAUGGUCCUUUAACACACAAUUACCAAACAAAUGAAUUGUUGCUAUGCCACCCGGCAUGGUCUGUGUGUUAUAUGCUCUCCUGUAUGUCCUGAUUGGCUGCGCGUUUACUCGGAGCUCCUCCCCCAAUGGCCGCUACCCCUCAUUCCUCCGCAACGACACACGUUUCGAGCACCUUGCGCUGCACCCUGACCCCAUUUCAGGCCGAGUCUACCUGGGGGCCCGGGACCGCCUUUUCCAGCUCUCCUCAGACCUGGAGCUGGAGGCAGAGGCGGAGACGGGGCCGGUGACGGACAGCCGCGAAUGCCUGCCCCCUAUCAGCGAGGCCAACUGUCCCCAGGCCCGCUGGACCAGCAACCACAACAAGCUGCUUUUGGUGGAUCCUUACAGCAAUCAGCUGAUCAGCUGCGGCAGCGUCCACCAGGGAACGUGUCAGAAGCGCAGUCUGGAUGCAGUGGGGACAGUUCUGUUCUCAGCAGAGAGGCCAGUGGACACGCAGUACGUAGCGGCCAAUGACCCGGACGUGUCCACUGUAGGGCUGGUGGUGCUGGCAGGUAGCAGCAAGCAUCCGGUGCUGUUCGUAGGCCGCGGCUACACCAGCAGCCAACCACCCAUCUCCACCCGCAACCUAGCUACCGAGCCACUCUUUUCCUACGAGGAAACGGCCAAGCUGGCUGUGGCCGGACGACUGUCGGAGUAUGACCAUCAUUUUGUGGCCUCAUUUGCACACAGAACACAUGUCUACUUCCUGUUCUAUCGCAGAGACCUGAAGUCAUCUUCAAGGGAAUAUCGCUCGUACGUUUCCCGCGUGUGCCUGGAUGACCCUGCUUACUAUUCCUAUGUGGAGGUUCCACUGAGCUGCCGUUCUGCAGCGGGAAAGAACUACAACCUCUUGCAGGCCGUCCGGGUGGGCGUGGCACCGGGAGGAGGGACGGAGGAGAAAGAGAUCCUCCUGGGGGUUUUCUCCACCCGAUCGACCUCGUCCAGCCGGCCCAGCGAGGAGUCAGCCCUGUGCAUGUUCUCCCUGCGAGACCUGGACAAACGAAUCAACGCCACCCGUGACCUCUGCUACACGGAAGAGGGUCGGGUAAACGGGCAAGAUGCCGCCUACAUAGAGUAUGAUGUCAAGUCAAACUGUGCCAACCUUCCAGUGAACACACUAAAUGCUUACCCCUGCGGUUCUGAUCACACCCCCAGCCCUAUGGCCAGCUGGGUGGCAGUGGAGGCCGAGCCCAUACUGGACAGUCCAUCGGCCCGUCUUACUGCGGUGGCUGUGAGCGUGCGGGCAGGGCACACCAUCGCCUUCCUCGGAGACUCCAAGGGAAAUUUACACAAGGUGUUUUUGGGACCUAACGAUGAAGUGGAGGAAUAUGCCAUCAUCCCCAUCCAGCCAAACACACCAAUCAGCAGUGAGCUGAUUCUUGACCAAUCAGAAGAGCACCUAUAUAUCAUGACCAACACUAUGGUUCAGAAGAGGCCUGUAGCGGAGUGUAACGAGCACCGGGACUGUCAAUCAUGCCUCUCAGCUCAUGACCCUUACUGUGGGUGGUGUGUGCUAGAGGGGAGGUGUGGUCAGCGGGGGGAGUGUUUGCGUGGAGAUCAGGCUGAUCAGUGGCUGUGGAGUUUUGAUAUGGAGCAGCAGUGUCUGACUAUACAAGCUCUCACCCCAUCCAACAUCAGCAGAGAGGAGAGUCGGAGUAUUUCUCUGUCUAUCCCACGCCUCCCAAGGCUGCAGGAUGGGGAAUCGUACUCCUGUUUCUUCAAGGACACUCCCUCCCCAGCUAUGGUGACUAACACUGGGGUCUCCUGCGUCUCCCCUGACCCCCAGAGAGUCCCCACUGUGCCCCCUGGCCAAGAUUUUGUAGCGGUCAAACUGUCCUUGCGCUUUGGUGAUGUCGAAGUGACCUCUCGGGAAUUCACCUUCUAUGAUUGCACCGUUGUCAAACAGCUCUCAGGGAGCACACCUUGUCGUGGUUGUGUGUCCAGCCGUUGGGGCUGUAAUUGGUGUGUACAGCAGCACACGUGUACCCACAAAGCUGUGUGUGAGCAAGGAGUCAUCAUCUACAAUGAAAACUUUAAAGUCCCCACGCCCUCCCCUCCUCUAACCACACCUGCCAAGACCACCACAACAGUCCCUCCAACCACAACACACACACCCCCUACCACCACACCACCAACUGAACCUCCAACUACAACCACUAUAGCCACCACCACAACUACUACUGUUACUACUACUACUACUACUACAACUACUCAAGCUCCAACUACAACUGCGACUACAACAACACCAGAACCGACUACCACUGCUGCACCUGUCACCACCCCAGCUCCGACUACAUUACCCACUACCCCUGAGCCGACUGCCGCCCCCACCAGCCCCCUGCUCCCGACUCCUGCUGCUCACACGUUGGCCACCACCGUUGCAGAUUUCACCAUACCUGUGUUAGAGGAGGCGACUUCAGAGGAGAUCCUUCCAGCUGCUGAAACCGAGGCCGAGGCCCUCAGUGAAAGUGACUCGAUCACUGUUGCUGGAUUUGAUAUUGUUGUGGAAACAGAGGCACCACAUUACGUUACUCCAGUACCUGAGGACCAGCAGGUGUUGCCGCUACCAUCACCGUCACCAGCCGGAGCUGCUGAGGAACUGACAUUUUCCAUAGAACCACUUGUAGAACCGAUAACUGAUGCACCAACCUUUACCAGCAGCCCACAGAUUGUGGAAGAAUCACACUCAUUGGCUGAGCCUCCUACUGAAACUUUGCCUACAGUACAUCAGGAGAGUCCCGUCACGGUGGUGGCAGACUCUGAAUUGGAUGAUAUUUUAGCCCCAACAGAGAGCCCCGCCCUGCCAUCUGACCCUCCCAUCCAAGCAGAGGAGAAGGUGAUUGUAACUGAACCGCAAGUGUUUCAGGUGCACCAGGAGGAAGCAGAGGACGUGGAUCUUGACGUGGAGGAUUUGGGUGUGGCUGAGAAUGACACCACCUCUUUCUCAGCUGCAACAGUCCUAUCAGGCGAUGGAGAUCCAGACCAAGCCACACCCACUUUUCCUCGACUGUUGGAUGAGGAUUCUAAUCUAGACUACCAGUACGACCAGGCAGAUCUUUAUCUACCGCAGGGUGAUGAAGGUUCAUCUGUGAGUUGGGGGUCUUCUGCGUGUCCAUGUGUAGAGAAGGUUCAGGGUUCUCCAUUGCUUCCUGUGCAGAGGGAGAGGAAGAUCACUCUGUUGGCUCAUAACCUUCACCUCUAUCAGGACCAAGACUUGGAGUAUGAGUGUGUGUUGGUGAUUGAGGGGCGGACUGUGGUGGUGGACGCUUAUGUAGAGAAGGAUGAGAUAAACCCCUCCCUCUUUGACAUUACCUGUCAGCAUCACAAGUACUCCUACUCAGCUUUGGUGGAGGAGUACAACGCCAUGGUUUACGUGAAGAGGAGAGACACCUUUCAUGUGGACAGUGCUAAUGAUCUCUAUGUGACGUUGUACAACUGUUCAGUGGGCCGUUCAGACUGCAGCCAGUGUCACACAGCAGAUCGGAAGUAUGAGUGUGUGUGGUGUGGGGGGGCACAGUCCAGCUGUGUGCACAGAGAGUCCUGCUCCCAGAGAAUCGCAGACACCUGCCCUGCUCCCGUCAUUCACUUCAUUGAACCUCUGUCGGGGCUGGUGGAGGGAGGCACCACUCUCACCAUCUCUGGCUCCAACCUGGGCCAGAAAGCUCAGGACAUCCUGAGAUCAGUCACUGUGGCUGGGCUUUCCUGUAGUGUCGUACCUCACCUGUACGAGAUAUCAUCAAGAAUUGUGUGUGUAACAGAACAGAAUGGGAAGACAACAGAGAGCUCCGGUCAUGUCUCAGUGGAAGUGCCCGGCAUAGGGUCCGGCCUGUCCAGCCAGAUAUUCAGCUACCAGAACCCAGUGCUGGAGGGAGUGAGUCCACAGAGAGGGCCUCGGGCAGGAGGAACCUUUAUCACCAUAUCGGGCAAUAAACUGCUGACUGGUCGAGCUAGUGACAUCAACGUGCUGCUGGACGACGUCCCCUGCGUCAUUGUGUCAGAGGUGCAAGAUGGCAGCAUUGAGUGCAUCACCAGUGCCAGCAACAAGACAGGAGAGCACAGGGUGACUGUACGCUAUGGCAGCAGUGAGCGUCAUCUCCCUAACAGUGGGUUCUUCUACACCUCAGACCCGAACAUCACUCAGGCCAUGCCCUCAAAAAGCUUUAUCAGUGGUGGGCGUGUGAUCCAUGUGACGGGACACAACCUAGACGUGGUCCAGGAGCCGCGAAUCCGAGUGACCGUGUUUCCCUCAGACUCCGUCAGCCGAAAGAAGAGAGGGAGCAGACGGAGGAGAAGAGCUAGAGGAAGUGUUAUAAACACAGAGGUCGAUCAGGGGCUUCUGUGGAGACAGAGACGUAUCAUUCCAGAACCAGACUGCCCAGAAAACACCCUGUGCUCUGUAAUGAGUUUUGAAGAGCGAUGUGAGGUGAACACCUCCACUCUAAUGCUGUGCCGGACCCCGUCUGUGAGUCCCCAGGUGAUUGGUGCUGACAUACAUGUGGAGUUUCUUCUGGAUAAUCUUCGCUUCAACUUCAACUCUGUCAGCCAAUCACCUUUCAUCUACGAGUUUAACCCCACCCUCCACAAACUCAACCGUCACGAUACUGACCAGCCUUUCCGCUACAAGCCAGGAUCAGUUAUAUCUGUAGAAGGGGAGAACCUGGACCUAGCUAUCUAUAAGGAGGAGGUGGUAGCUCUUAUCGGUGAAGGUGUGUGUGCUGUUAAAACUCUAACACGGAACCACUUGUACUGUGAGCCACCCCCCGAUCAGCCCUCCCCCUCUCACGGAUACGGCCGCAAGCGUGAGGGAACUGAUGCUCUGCCAGAGUUUACAGUACAGAUGGGGAAUUUGAACUUCACUCUGGGUCGAGUAAUGUACGACUCUAUAAAUCAGUCCACCUUCCCCAUGGAGGCUCAGAUAGGGGUUGGAGUGGUGGCUGCGCUUGUGGUCCUGAUAGUGGUGAUCAUCGUGCUUAUUUACAGGAGGAAGAGUAAGCAGGCUCUGAGGGAUUACAAGAAGGUUCAAAUUCAACUGGAGAAUCUGGAGACCAGUGUGAGAGACCGCUGCAAGAAAGAGUUUACAGACCUGAUGACUGAAAUGAUGGACAUGUCCAGUGAUCUGGUGGGCUCUGGGAUUCCGUUCCUGGAUUAUAAGAUGUACGCUGAGCGGAUCUUUUUCCCUGGUCAUCGGGAGUCGCCUCUGCGUCGGGAUCUGGACGUGCAGGACUGUCGAAGGGCCACAGUGGAGCAGGGCCUUGUCCAGCUCUCCAACCUGCUCAACAGCAAACUCUUCCUCACCAAGUUCAUCCACACUCUGGAGAGCCAGAGGACGUUCUCUCCCCGGGAUCGUGCCUAUGUGGCCUCUCUGCUCACUGUAGCUCUGCAUGGCAAGCUGGAGUACUUCACUGAUAUCCUGAAAACGCUGCUCAACGACCUGGUGGAGCAGUAUGUUGCCAAGAACCCCAAACUCAUGCUUCGCAGAACUGAGACAGUUGUGGAGAAACUUCUGACCAAUUGGAUGUCUAUAUGCCUCUAUGCUUUCCUGAGGGACUCUGCAGGGGAGUGUCUCUACAUGCUCUUUAGAGCCAUAAAGCACCAGGUGGACAAAGGCCCCGUGGACGCAGUGACAGGCAAAGCCAAAUACACUCUCAACGAUAACCGGCUACUGAGAGAGGACCUGGAGUAUCGCACACUGACUGUGAAUGUACUGAUGCAGGGAGUGGGAGUGAAUGAGACUCAGCCAGUUGCUGCUAAAGUUCUGGAUUGUGACACAAUAACCCAAGUCAAAGAGAAGAUUCUAGACCAAGUCUACAAGGGAACUUCAUACUCCCAUAGGCCACACACAGACUCACUAGACCUGGAAUGGCGGUCGGGUGUGGCAGGUCACCUUAUUCUCUCAGAUGAGGACUUAACAUCUGUAGUGCAGGGCAACUGGAAACGCCUUAACACACUUCAGCAUUACAAGGUUCCUGAUGGAGCUACAGUUGCUCUUGUCCCACGUCACAGUAAACAUAUCCACCAUGACAACCAUGACUAUGUUGCAGGUGAAAAGACACCCAUGCUGGAAGAUGCUGAUGAAGGUGGGGUCAGGUUGUGGCACUUAGUAAAGGCCAGCGAAGAACCAGAGCUGCCCAAACAUAGACGGGGCAGUCUGCGGGAGAGAGAGCGGGCAAAGGCCAUUCCAGAGAUCUACCUCACACGCCUGCUCUCCAUGAAGGGCACUCUGCAGAAGUUUGUGGAUGAUCUAUUCACGGUGAUUCUGAGCACGAGUCGACCAGUUCCUCUUGCUGUGAAAUAUUUCUUUGACCUGCUGGACGAUCAGGCGGCUCAUCACGGCAUCUCAGACUCUGAGACCAUCCACAUUUGGAAAACGAACAGUCUUCCACUGCGCUUCUGGAUCAACAUUGUCAAGAACCCUCAGUUCAUCUUUGACGUGCAGGCAUCGGACAAUGUGGACGCUGUGCUGUCUGUCAUUGCCCAGACUUUCAUGGACUCUUGCACUAUAGCUGAGCAUAAACUGGGAAGGGACUCCCCUAUAAACAAGCUGCUGUAUGCCAGAGACAUUCCUCGAUACAAGCAGAUGGUGGAGAGAUAUUAUGCCGACAUCAGACAGACCAUCUCAGCGAGUGAUCAGGAGAUGAACUCUGCACUGGCGGAGCUCUCCAGGAAUUACUCAGGAGAGCUGAAUUAUCUGGUGGCCCUGCAUGAGCUCUACAAGUACAUCAACAAAUAUUAUGACCAGAUCAUCACGGCCUUAGAGGAGGACACCACAGCUCAGAAGAUGCAGCUUGGUUAUCGACUCCAACAGAUUGCAGCCGCUGUUGAAAACAAAGUGACAGACUUAUAACUGAGAGAUCAUGGAGAGACAAAACUUUGGAUGAAAGAUGGAAGAAGAAAAAAACAGAAAUGGGAGAGUAGAAGAAAAGGGGUGCACAGGUGGAUGGACUCACUAAAUGUAGAGACUGCAGAGGAAGAGGUCGUGAAAGGAGGGACUUGGUUACGUAGAAUGAACUAAUAAGUUGGUUGUAAAUGAUGGAGCACACACAAUGUCACUUUAGAUAUAAAGAAAAAGACACAAUGUGUUACGUGAUUAUACACGGUUCUUGUCUUUUGCUGUGAGGAUGGUGGAGAUCGGUGGGGUUGGAAGCCGCAGAGACUCAGCAUCUCUUUCAGAAUGGUGGGAGAAACCUGCUAUGAGCUCAAGAUCUGCUGCAGUGUUCUUGUGACCUCACCACUGUGUGUGAGGUCCCUGCUAGAGGAACAGCAGAGUGUGUGUGUAACAACAUUCGUCUUCGUCUGUCUCCGUUGGCCUCGUUGUUAGAUGAUGACUACUGGAAUAUCUCUCUGAAUCUAGAGAGGGUGGCGCAUUUCCGGUUCCAGCCAAGUAGAUAUAGACUUGACUCUCCUUUACCCCUCAUUGAUUGGUGAAAUCAGAGUUUGCUGAUCUCAUGCAGUUUUGACCCAGAAAGGCAUCUUUUGAGGAGGAUGCCUGAAAACACACCUGCUGUUGAAACGGAGAACAAUGGGUCACAUCAAAAUGUCUUUCUCUACCUCCUCAAAACAUUUCAUUGUUUUUCCAAUCUUUUUUUUCUCUGUUUGACUGACUCCUUAUCAGGGACCACCAGUAUAUAAACACUACACCCACCACCAGUACAGUAGUGCAGAACUGUGUUUGUACUUAAGUAACGAGAAACUAUUGGGCAUUAGCUAAUAUUGUUUUAUUUUCUUCUGUCUAAAGCCACUGGCAAAACGUGAAAGAGAAAUUCCAUGGGUGUAAAUUGUCAAUUUAGAAUAUUCUCCUUUUACAUUAUUAUUUAUUUGAUUUUAGAGUAUGUACACUUGCAUCUUUUGGCCUCCGCCACUGUCGGUCACAUAUCCGUCCAAGUCAUGAAGAGGACCUGUGACGUUGAAAAAUUGGCAACAGGUCUACAGGCCUUGGGACGUUCCAGGCAAGAACUUUCAGUGAACUGAGGAUGUUCUGAAGAACAUCUCUUCUCUAGCACUAGAAUUCGGACAUUUCGUCUGUUCUGUUAAGGUACUGAAAUGGAGCUCUUGCGUGAGAGUCACUGGAAGGAUUUCGUUGUACAACAUAAACCUGCAAGACUGAACUUUCUUUCUGUCUGUAUGAUUAAAUGACUGUAUGACUGUGCUCUGAAUUUGAACAUGGUUAUGAACUAUGUUCAAACAUUCCUUUUAUGUGGUAUGAGAGAAACUGAUCUUGUCAGAUUAGGUUAGUGUUUUAAAAGUGUUUUGUCAUGUCCAGUUCACACUGUUCACACUCUUUUUGGCAAGUGUUUAGAUUAUGGAGUGAGCUUUUUAAAGCUUUUACCGUUCUAAAUUAAAGCAGAAUGGUGGUCAGUAGAUUCUACUGAGAGACGUUAUUAUGAAAAAGAAACCUGAAUGAACCUAAAACCUGUAUGGUAAAUAGAAGUGAGACAGAUCUGGUUAUGAUGGUAUGUUAGAGCAGUGAUGCUGGAGUUCCCCCUGCUCUGUAUGAUUUAGCGUUUUCUCCACUGCCAACAUACCAUACCUGACCCAACUAAUCAAUUCAUUAACAAGGGUGUGUUAAUGGAAACAAAAACACUAAACUCUGCAGUGCAGGGGUUUUGCAGAUCCAGAAUUGUGCAUUAGAUUAACAGAUUCCACAUGCAGUUAGUGUUGUGAACAUGUGAACAGGUGUCAGUGUGAGAUAAAAUAUGUGCAGAAAUCAUCAGAGGGAAGUAAAAAGCUAUAACUGUUAUUAGGUUGUAUAAAUUCUUAUGUGUAGACUAGAGCAGGCUCGACCCUAAACUGGUUUUAUUUUUUAAUAUUUUGUUAAUAUCAUGGUAAAUAAUGAUUGUCUCCCACCAGUAGCUUCUUACCAACAGUAUGUGAAAAUUUUUACAAAUUAUAUUGAGAGGUAAUAAAAAAUUCUAAAUCUAA